AUGGAUAUCUUGUCAUUGUGUGAGUCAUUAUCUUUAUCUGACGAUGAGGAUAUAGUAGUCUGCAAUCUUGGUGAUGAAGCAAGAUUGGUUGGUGAACAGAAGGUUGCACUUUCUUUAGUUGGGAAGAUCCUGACUACAAAAAGGGUGAACAGAGAGGGGAUUAUUAACACUGUUAAUUUCUUAUGGAGGACUAAAAAACCGUUGGUGGUGGAGGUGAUUGGCAUCAACAUUUUUGUAGUCCACUUUGAAUCUCAGGAGGAUAAAAGACGAGUAUUAGCAGGAGGUCCAUGGAAUUACCAAGAACAGAUUAUUGUUUUGGAAAUUCCUAGAGGGACUGGCGAUUACGCUGAAAUGAAGUUUGAUACAAUUCCUUUCUGGAUUCAAAUCCAUGGUCUGCCUUUGAUUUGUUUAAACAAAGAGGCAGGACGUUCGUUGGGAUCUCAGAUUGGAGUGGUGGAAGAGGUGGACCUGGGGGCGUCUGGUGAUUGUCUGGGAAAGUAUCUCAGAGUCAAGAUUAAGGUGAAUAUUACCAAACCCCUGAAGAGAGGUUUGAAGGUUCAGGUGGAUAAGGACAGUAAGAUGGUAGUGACAGCUCUUAGAUAUGAGCGCUUGCCAGAACUAUGUUAUAAUUGUGGAAUCUUGGGUCACCCCUUAGUUGAGUGUGGGAAGACACAAGGGAGUGAGCCAAGUAAUUUAAGGUACAAUGAUCUAAUUCGAGCUGGCUCUAAUCCGAGAUUGGGGAGUAGUAGUAAGAGAGUUAGAAGUGGGGAAAAUGUUCAUAUCGGAAUCGGGACUUCCGGUAACUGGAAAAAUUGGCCAUUGAUGAACAAAGGAAGCUCUGAGAAGGUGGAGAAGGAAACAAACGUGGAUUCUGGAGACAGGGGAGCCAAAUCAGGAACGGUUACGGAAAAUCAGGAAAUAGAUGUGCAAAAAGAUCCCCAUGACCAUAAUUUGAAUUUGGAAAGUGGGGAAAGAUCUGUAACAGAAGGAGAUUUAGUUGAAGUCUGUGUUAAUAAGGUCUAUGAAAAUUCAAUUUUUGAAAAAUUGGCGCGCAGUAAGAAGAAGGGAAAGAUGGAUGAUGGGCCGAAGAGCAGGCCGAAACUUAAGGCUAGACAAAGGGGAAUGAAAAAGCCCACUGGUAAGAGUAGCCCAGGAAACAUAAAAAUUAACGAUGAUUUGUUAACCUCCAUUCCUCUAGGGGACAUAACAAAUUUGGGGAAAAAAUCAAUUGGGUUUUCUUGUGACCUAAUUGAUGGUGCUGCUAAUGGAGGAUCAAGAGGAGAGCCAGGAGAGCUAUCUCAAUCUAGAGACUGCAAUUUUGGUGAAGAUACAAAUGUUUUAUCGGUGGUGCCUGCAGUGCAGGACCGCCGUUCACAAUGA